UGUGAAGUCACCACACAACUAACACAUGUUGCUUGCCAGAGGGAUGGCCGGGCAAGUAAUUUGGCAAAAAAGGAGACAUUUUAUUGUGAUACUCCGGACUGUGCACCACAUGGUGAGCAUGUCUUGCUUGCGCAAAUUAGACAUCCUGAGCGCAACUCAUUAACAUUUACUAUGUACAGACCAGGAAAGGGAGCAUUAGCACGCCAUGACAAAUAUUGGUACCCUGUCAGGAUCAAGUCGUGUCGACAGGUUAGGGGAAACACAAUGUAUACAGUCAAAUGGUGGAGGCAUUGUUCUUUCAAACCCGACACUCAACCUCCACUUGAGGUUGGCGAGGCAGACUUAGUUGAUGCACUCUAUGGAGACCAUAAACGUCGUCGCAUGAUUCGGCUUGGCAGAUGGACACACGCGCACGAGGUUCCCCAGCACGAAGACGUCAUCGCAAACUUUAGACACAUUCCCUACAGCGUUUAUAUUGGCGAAGCAUUGGCUCCUCACAGUGAACUCCUCACAAAUAUUUUUGAGCAACCUGAUCCUGCGAAGAUGUGCAAUGCAGUCCCAGUAAUUGGGUACCUUGCCGACCUAUCGGAGAAGACAGGUCGCAAGCAUACUACUGUGCCAUAUUGUGGUGAUCUGUCUCUCACAGACUGUGCUCAGAUUGCAAACUGGGUCUACCAUCACAUCCCUGGUGCAUCAAAACAAAUUGUCAAUUGGCUAAACUGUGCUACCUAUGCGCAUGCGUGCACUAUUGUAGUUGCAAAACGGAAGAAGAAUCAACUCCAGGAGAUGGCCGAAGAUAUUUUGACUGAACCAAAUGUGAUACUCCAGGCAGCCUGGCUUGACCUCCAACUCAGCUACGAUCUGUCUGCAAUGGACGUCGACGUUGAUCUAAAGUGCCUUGGUAUACUCGAACAACGAAUGUUCAAACUCUCAUUAGCCGCAGGUGCUGCAGGGAAUGAACAAUGGGGAAAAGACGCUGGCAUGCACCAAGACCGAUGGAACCCAUAUGAGGGUCUCCCCGAGCACUGGAAUCAUGGUGACCGAGAUCCAUAUGCACCAGAAUUUGAGGGAGAACUGGAUGUACGUCGUUUUCAUAUUCACAGUGGCAGGUUGCAUUAA